CUAGCCCUUUACUAGCAGGAUAGUGGCACCAUAUGGGCUCAGAUAGAGUUACAUCAUGAAUAAUUCACACUCACACUGAGAUCAGACUCAGUAAGGCUCAUUUCAACCUUACACAAGUCACAAAAUGGACAUAGCGGUACUGCCAAACAACAAUCAUCCAGAGAAAUUCCUGCAGCUGGAUGUGGGAAUGUUGCCAGCUACACAUGGAAUGUUCCAGAUUGGUGCUGCGUUGUCUGGACAAAGACAGUGGCAGAACAAGAUGUACUCGGAGGUAAACUCUCUUAAAAUGGUUAAAGCUAUAGAAAUGGAAGGAAAGCCAUCAGCAGACAGUCACGUGUUUGAAGACAGAGAGCUGGAGAAACACAUCACUCCUCAAACCCUGAAACCAAAGAUCAAGCAGAACCCUCUCUUCUCUCACAUCAACAUCACUGACACAGAGGAGAACAAGUCCAAGCCAUCCUGGACCAUUCAGGACUAUGACAGACACACUGCACAUGGUCAGCUGGCUGACUACAUGAAGGAGGACCCAAAAGAGCUGAGUUUCUGGCUGGAAGAUCUCUACACCCCUGGUUAUGAUUCACUGCUCAAGAAGAAAGCAGCUGAAAUGAAGAGAAACAAAAUUUGUAAAAUGCUUGCAGCCAUAAUUCUGUUAGUUUGUGUGGUUGUGAUUAUUAUUACAGUGCCAAUAGUGGUAACACAAUCAAGAGACUGAUGGAGCUAUGACAAGCGCUAAAACUGCCGCUAUUCCAACUACAAUCUGACAGUUCAGGUGAACAACAGCAAGCACUUCACAUCAUGUACGAGUCCUAUGAUAUCAAUAAGGGUCUCAAUAUGAUGACUGGGAUGUUGUCUAAAUUGCAUUUUGUCUAUUGUGAUUAAACUUAUUCCACCAGGCUUGUGGUUUACUAAAAAUUAAGCAAUACCCACAUUGUUCGUUUCAUUAUUACAAAUGUUUCGGUUUUUUUUUUUUUUUUUUUUUUUUUUUUUUUUUUUUGGGAUAACAACUGGCCUUAUGGUGAUAAAUAUAUUUUAAAAUGCAAUUAUUUAAAUGGAAUUUAAUUAAAAUUGGAUUACGGCUGAUCUGGAAUCUCAGCACAUUGGCCUUUAUCGAGACAAUGGACUUUUAUUAAGGGAAGUGGAGUGUUUACAUUUUAAUAUCAGUUCUACUUACCUGCUAGUUUCCUGCUCUGCAGUUUUAGUUUUAAUGAACAUUGUAAUGCAUACCUGCAAAGUAAAUUCCCCAGUGUUAAAUCAACACCGCUCAGUGUUAAAAGUAACACUGAAGCAGUGUUACAGGGUGUCUACAGAUAUGAACAAGUUAAAUUUAAGGCUUUUAAAGACCUUUUUAAUACCACCUGAUAUACAUACAUACGUAUAAUGUAAUAUUUUAUUUGUUAAAUGUCA